UACAGAGAGUUGUACAGAGAGUUGUACAGAGAGUUGUUCACCCAGCCAGAAGGCAACUAUAAUUAUCGUCAUAAUUGCCAACAGAAUUCAGGGCGUACAGAGGUAUUACCACCUCAGCCUGGUACCCAGACCUCUCCUUUUAACAUCAAGCCUCAAGAGCCAGUGAUUGCAGUGGAUGAUCAAGUCAUGGCUCCAAGUGGAGGUGAAAUUCUGGUGUUGCUUCUACUAAUUCCAGCCCACUGUUUUGCACAA